UCCCCGGUGGGCCGAUUUUUCGCACUUCCCCUUCGCUUUAUAGGGGCGAUUGCUUAUGGGUUCGUCCUCUGAAGAGGCUGGGGCGUCAUCAGGCUGGUUAGAAAAACCCGCUCCACGGCGGGGACACUCAGUCGCGUCGGCACCGCGGAGCGGGCUGCGUCAGGUGGCUUGCCCCGGCGGCGCUCGCUGGCUCCCUGCUCUCGGGCUUGGAGCUGCGGCACCGGCUGGAGCGAACCCUUGUCCCAGCACCGGGCAGCGGCGGGCAGACAGGCAGGCACUGCCUUGCGUGUGAGUGCAUCUCACUCACAUACCUAACCCAAGGAGCGCCUACGGGCAGCCAGCUCAGCAGCCCCCAACGCACGAAGCCAGGGGAAGCCGGACUCCGGUGGCCCCACCACAGCACAGCGGAGACAUCAGCCGAGCCCCCGACACGGGGCGCACAGGAGCCGGGAAGCCCGAGGCCGGGGCCAAACAGACCACCCGAGCUAGGCGCGAGCCAAGCUCCCCAAGGUGGUCCGGUCACCAUGCUGAAGAUGGCCAUGAAGCUCAGAGCCCGAGCGGCCCAGAGCGAGAGGAAGACAGCCGCGGCUGCCGCCGAAGUGGCUGCCGAAGCUGCCGUGGCGGCUGCGGCGCUGGCCGAGCCGCUCGCUUCCCAGAAGAACGGGAAGCCCGAGAAGCCCCCCAAGCCCCCCAAGUCCGUCAAGAUCCGCGCGAACGCCGUGCGAGAUGUGCCGCCCGAAAAGUUGCUAACCGACAAAGAGCGCAAGAAGCUCGAGAAGAAGUUGCUGGAGCAGAGGAAAAAAGAGGAGAAGAAGAGAGAGAAGGAGAGGAAGAAGUUAGAGAAGAUGCUGAAGAAGAAGAAGAAGAAUGUGCCAGAACCCCAGGCGGAGGUCCGAAGCCCCGAGGGCGCCGCCGCCGCCGCCACCACCGCAGGCGAAGACGCGGGCGCCGCGCAGGGCGCCGCAAGGCUCGGCGAGGGCGCCGCCGUCGGGGGCGCGAGUAGGGCCUGGGCCCAGUGGGACACUGACUCGGGCGACGAAGAUGAUGCCUACUACGCGCCUCCUCGUGUUGGAGGCGUCGUGUGGCGGCCGGGGCCUGCCAAGGCCGGCGUACUCAGCGAGCACAUGCCCCUCGUGGUGUUCCUGGUGUUCUCCGUGCGAAGCCCCUCGUGGGUGCUCAGCUACCUGCUGCAGAGGCGCACAGAGCAGGGCCGUGGCUGUGGCUUCGUGUUCGGGGCGACCUGCUGCUUCCGAGUGUUCCUGGGCUGCGCCUUCUUCUCCUUCCUGAGUGGCCGCACCAAGCGCAGAGGCCGAGGCCGUGGGCGCUCCCGGGCCAGGGGCACCGGGCGCCGGGGGCGCGACGAGCGGCUCAUCUAGUCAGACCCCCCCACCCCCAUCAUCAUCAUCAUCUACAUCGACCACCACCACCACCACCACCACCACCACCACCACCACCACCACCUCCACCUCCACCACCACCACCAUCGCUGUGUAGUGUGGAUCUUUAUUAGUGCUUGUGUGUGGACACGUUUUGCUUUUCGGUUGCUCUGUCCUAUGCUUCGUGCUUUUCUCCACAGUCCCUGCUCUCUGGCUCUCUCAGUGUCUCUCUCUCUCCUUUUCGAAAUUUUCCUAAGUCCAGGCCCGCGCUCCCUCCCUUUCCGCCCACCCCGGCCCCUUGGCGGCGCCCGCCCGCCCUGCAGCAGGAGGAGGGGGAUCCGGGCCGCCCGGCCCGGGGGUGGAGCGCUGGCAUCGUGUGAGGGGUCGUCACCACCGCGGGGCCGCCCCCUCUCCCCCCGCCGUGCGGCCAGGCCCCGGCCCCAAGCCGCGGGUGGGGCGAGGAGGCGACCCCACCGUGCAUCCCGGCCCGGGCUGAACGUGGGUGCAGGGACCCCAGCCCGGCCUCCGGGCACCGCCUCCCUGCGCCCGCG